CUGCUCAACAAACAAGGAACUUCAUCAAUAUGACGACAAUCGAAAUGCGUGUGUACAUGUGUUGCGCCGGAUGUGAGAACAAGAUCAAGAAAGCCCUCCAUAAGGUCAAAGGAGUUGAGGAAGUAGACAUAGACAUGAGCCUACAAAAGGUGACGGCAAGCGGAUGGGCUGAUCAAAAGAAAGUCCUAAAAAGCGUUAGGAAGACCGGAAGAAGGGCCGAGCUGUGGCAAUUUCCAUACAAUCCGGAGAUGCGUAACCACAAUUUCACGGGUCACCACGACCACAAUGGAAGCAACUACGGUGACCCUUCGAGCUUCUACGCGUCUCAAACAUCAGGCUCUUCCUACAACUACUACAAGCACGGCUACAACAAUCACGAUCAUACUCGGAUGCACCGGCCAAAUUCCAAGAAACAACCUCCUGGGAGCUGCUAUCCGCCGUUUGUACUCCGAAAAAAAAAGUUUCCAAACAAGACGCGUGAGCAAAAUGCGUGUAUACUAAUACACGCGUGAGCAAAAUGCGUGUAUACUUAUACACGCAUUAGGCAAACGCGUCUCUGUCUUGGAUUCAAAAUUCAGCCCAGAACGCUGAAACCUUCAUUUCCAGAAGGCGAAAACGCUCGCCCCCUUCACUCCCAGCGCAAGAAUCGAAACUUAAUCCAACAUUUAGCUGUUCUCAUUCCAAUUUGAAGUGUUUUCAGGUAAGUUUCUACCCUUAGUUUCGAUUAUUGUUGGUAUAUUUUAGUUGGGUAUAAGAUUUAGGGUUCAUGGUUUGAAAUUUUUUGUUGAAUUUGGUGUUGAAUUAGUCAAUCUCGUUGAUUUUUUGUUGAAUUUGGUUGAAUUUGGUGUAGAAUUAUGGUAUUUGGUUGAUGUUUUGUUGAAUUUGGUUGUAUUUGGUGUAGAAUUAUUCAAUUUGCUUGAUUUUUUUGUUGAAUUAUCGAAUAUGGUUGAAUUUGGUGUUGAAUUUGGAAGAAUUUGGUUUUGAAUUAUUUAAUGUGGUUGAUUUUUUGUUGAAUUAUUUAAUGUGGUUGAGAAUGAGCCCGAAAUGCAAAAUCCACCAGCACCAGAUGCCUCUAGUUGGUUUCCGACCUGGUCAGACGCCCCUCAGUCAAGUUGGGUGACUCCACCGGAUAGAGUUGGGUUACCAUGGCAGCCUACUACACAGCAGCCUACUACACAGGAUUCAUUCUUUCCAGGUGUUCAUAUCAUGCACUCUCCAACCACUGAGGAAAUAUAUGAUGAUGCUCUGCAGAGUAGUGCACAAAUGGAUCGUCCUAGGAGUAGUGCUUACAUGGAGCGCCCCACGAGCAGUGAACAUAUAGACCCUCCUAGGAGUAGUGUACAACUGGAUCGCCCUAGCAGUAGUGCGGCCACGUCACGUCCCGACAAGGAACGCUCCAGAUCGAGUUUCACUCGGACAUUUAUGGACAUGUUACCACUUAGAAGGUCUAGACGUGACAAUAGAGGAAAGGGUCCGACUAAAUAUACACCAUCAUCCUUUAAGUAGACUGUUGUAGAUCGCUAUUGGAUUGGUUU